AUGCAAGGCCUGCCGUUCGUCUGCCCGGCUUGCCUGAUCGAUGUUGUACGUGCGGAAGUAGCUCUCGACAGUCUCACUCUUGGCUCCGGUGAUGACGCCGCAAUGGACAGCACCGGGCUAGUCGAAGAGGACAGGAUACAACACUUCGCCAACAAGUACGUCGCAGCAAUGCUGAAGAAGGGCUAUCGCGCAUGUAAGGCAGUGCUCAAGAUUGAUGAACCUCGCAUGCAGUUCUUCGAUCAAUUCAUGCGACAGGACGGGUUUGGAGGCGUGGAGGAUGAGCCUGCAGACGGAAUGAUUACGAAGCCACGGAAGCGUCCUGGUGCGGGUGGUGGCCGUAGACAGCCUGCCAAGCUGCAUGCAAUACAUCGAAAGAAGCCUGGGACGUGGGAUUAUCGUGAUCCGACAGGAAGCGAACCAGUUUUGGCAGAAGCUGCGCGCGAAGAUCCAGGCGAUUACAAUAACGAUGAUAUGGAAGGCGGUAAGGGGAUGACAGACGAUGCUGUGGAGGUGGCGCAUUCGGGGCAGUCCGCUGAUGCAUGUGUCGAUCUUGUUCCGCAGUCAGAAGCAGCCGAGGCUGUACUAAAGGCCAUGGAAGCAUUUGCUAGGCUUUCCACGUGGUGA